UUUCGAUGCCAUUCCUUUUAGUCCUUUUUCUCUUUCCAUUUUGUUACUGAUCACAGUUGUUUUUCCCUUUCUCCUCGUUUAUCCCCCUCGUUCCUGCGUCUCCGAGACCUAGUGUUCUUCAAUACCCAUUGAUUUUUUAGUCCCUUUAAUUCGCUUUUUUACCGUAUCGGUGAAUUCUUUCCAUGACCUUGAGCAUGUCCACGAUAUCGCAAUCUCGACCUAUCAUUACUCUAAAUAAUGACCCGGCGAGUUUAGACCAUCCUUUAACCACCGAAGAACCAAUCGAUCAUCCUGAGCUCGUGCAAGAGCUAGCGGAUAUCAAUGAAAUUAGAGAUAAAGAUGCUCAAGUGCAAACCGCGAUCAUUGAACAGAAAACCGAACCCAACAAACUCCCGAGUUUCGCGGAUUCCGAAGAUGAGCGUACACCCAUAGAGGAAAAAGAUCUCGAUGAUCUAUUCGCUCGCACCCAUAAAGAAGAAAACGAAGAAGAUGAAGACGAAGAAGCCAUGGACGAACAAUUGUACCGAACCACCGAAGCCAAUCGACACAUCGCCUACGACGAACAAUCGGCGCCCCGACCACGAUCCAAAUCACUACGAUCCAAAAGCAUCUCCACACGACGGUCACUGCUCGUUUUCCAAGACCAACCUGUCAUUGUGACCAAGCCCGAUCGCAUCGUUACUACGUACAUUUAUGGGUCCGGGGCGGAAGGAGAAUUGGAUCUAGCGGUUCGGCCGACCCGACGACGUAGAUCAUACAUGGUGGCGUGCGAUUUUAGUGAAGAGAGUUUCUAUGCUAUGGAAUGGCUCAUGGGAACCAUUUUGCGGGACGGAGACGAGAUCCAUGUAGUGACCGCAGUCAACCGUGAAGAUAAUCCCGAGGUCGUCAAGGCCGCAGGCUGGUCCCUGGCCAAAGAGCUCAAAAAGGCAUCUGAAGCGGUAACGGAAGAAGCCAAAAAGACGCUGGGUCAAAUGUUGCUGUUCGACGUCAAAUUGGUCACGCAUGCCAUCUCCGGACGGGUCAAAGAUGUCUUGGCCACGCUUAUUCAAGAGUUACCCUUGACCAUGGUGGUCUGUGGAAGUCGCGGUCGUGGCACUGUCAAAGGCCUUCUCAUGGGCUCCAUCUCUACCUUUUUGGUGCAUAAAUCCACCGUGCCGGUAUCCGUGAUUCGGCCUCAAAAGAAGAAAAAGAAGAGCAAGAAAAAAAUGGCCGAAGCCCCAUCACUUACAGAAAGUGUAACUUCCGGACAACUAGCGGUCGAUGAAGUCGAGCAGAAAACGUAGCAAGAACCGGAAAAUCACCACCACAAAAGUGAUAUGUCUUCGGUUGGAGCAAGCACGGAAAACGGAAUGCGAACAUAUCUUUCUUUUACGUUAUCUUUUUUCUUUUUUUUUAAGCCAUGUUUUUCCCAUCCUCAUCCAGUGGCAGGUCAAUAUCUUCAUCGUAGGGCAUCGAUGCUAAUUGGCCGCUAUUGGAACUUAAUACCAUGUACUAUGGAAUGUAUCAUAUUCAGUUAGAAAAGAAGAUGUUUAUAAUAAUAACAUUUCUAAUUUCGAUUUGCGGUGCGCUUACCUUUGCCUGGAAUUCCUUUUCAAGGCCUUCGGCCAU